AUUUUCUAAUUUUAAAAAUAUUUUAUUAUGAAAGGAACAAGAAUGUUCGAUACAGAGUGCAAGGGUACCAUUGUCAAGCAGUAAGACUUAUGUAGGGAGAUUUAGGACUAAUACUAGCUUCCAGGUAUCACCUUCAUUAUCACUGUUGAAGAAUUCACCUGCAGGAAAGGAAACUAUUCUACCAGAUCUGUCUAGGUUUAGUAGGCAAGGAAGAGAGAAACCAUUUCUUAAGCCUAAAGAAAGUGAAUUCCAGAUUGGCUCAGCUCUGGGUAUGCUCAUCGAAGACCAGAACCGGAUGUUCCGGCUUCGCCAGAGGCGAAACCGGCGCUUCGGAGCUAGCGUUGAUUACACCAGGAAAGAGAAAAAGAGAAAGAAAGCUCUAAUAGGCAGGCAAACCACAUUGCUCAAGGAGCUAAAGCUUCUUGAAAGCAAAGGAAAAUAAGAAGCUUAACAAUCUGGAUAAAAGAGAUAAUGAUAGAGCUAUAAAGACCCUAAGAAGAAAAAUCAAAGAAGACAGGCUCAAAAACGAAUAUUAUGGCAAGUGUUCAAUUGAGAUUUUGGCGAAUAAACAUAAAGAAGAACAUAGCCCGGAACUUAGUAUCAAGAAUACAUUGAACCAAAGCUACGAUGCAUUAUACUCCAGUUACAAAUCACUUAAAUUGGAUGAAACUAAAUCCCAAAAGGAUUUUACCAUCCUUCGGGAUACUUCUCGUCCAAUGUCUCCAGAUGAUGAGGACUACUUUGAUAGUGUGAACCCUUGUAGAAAACCCCGAAGUGUGAAAAUUUCCUUCGAUGAGCACGAUAACAGUUAUUCUGAACGUCUCUCAGUUUCGCCAGAGGAAAGAAAGAUGAUUAAGAAUACUUUAUUCCUAAAAAAAUAAAAUAAGAGAAGAGGACAAAGAACUCGAAAUAACUCGGAAGGCUAUUCAUGAAAAUAUUUCUCUCAGACAAUUCAAGCCAAGAGGAAGUUAUAGUGGCAUCUCUAGUCCAAUGGCGAUGAACAAGCGUUACAAGUCAAGAAAGUUUGGAGGCAUUCAUGUUCAUCCUUCUGGUAAAAUCCAACUUGAGGUCAAAUAAAACUCUACGAUUACUGAAUCCCAAAAUUGCUGAAGUUGAGCAUUUAGGCAGUAUCAUUGAUCAGAAAAAUCUUCUCAAAAGAAAACAAAUGGCAGCCAGAAUUCAAGACAAUAUCAAAGAAGAGCAGAUAGGGCUUGAGAAAAAGAUAAGGGUUCCUCCGAAAUUUGGUGGAUAAAUACUUCAAUCAUGGAUCUAGUCUAACUUAAGUUCUUAUUAAGCAGCUUAAAAAUUGUGACAAAGUAACUUGUUCCUGAAAAUAAUUCUCAAUGUUUGAUUUUGAGCAUC